GGGAAGAUCUAGCCCCCAGGAAACACGGCUGCUGCGGAGGGAGAGGCAGAUAAACUACAGAUCCCGGCAUUCUCCGACAGGCAGCACCUGCGGCAGUCCCUGCACGCCGUGGGGGAGGUGGGGGUGAGGAUGAGGAUGGAGGGCAGGGAGGAGAUGCAGGGCGCCGUGGGGCUACGCUGUACCUGGGACAUCCCGCCACCCGCUGGCACCCAGGCCAAGUGGGUGAGGCUCAAUGUGGGGGGCACCGUCUUCCUCACCACCAGGCAGACCCUGUGUCGGGAGCAGAAAUCUUUCCUGUGUCGCUUGUGCCAGGGCGAGGAGCUGCAGUCGGACCGGGAUGAAACUGGUGCAUAUCUAAUAGAUCGAGACCCCACUUACUUUGGACCGAUUCUGAAUUUCCUCCGUCAUGGGAAGCUGGUCCUCGAUAAAGAUAUGGCUGAAGAGGGGAUCCUUGAAGAAGCUGAGUUCUAUAACAUUGGUCCUUUGAUCCGAAUAAUCAAGGAUCGAAUGGAGGAGAAGGACUACACAGUGACACAGGUGCCUCCUAAGCAUGUCUACCGUGUGCUGCAGUGCCAGGAAGAGGAGCUCACUCAGAUGGUUUCCACUAUGUCAGAUGGAUGGCGCUUUGAGCAGCUUGUGAACAUUGGCUCAUCCUAUAAUUAUGGGAAUGAGGAUCAGACAGAAUUCCUCUGUGUGGUCUCCAAGGAGUUGUACAACUCCCCCAAUGGCCUGAGUUCUGAGCCCAGCCACAAAACCAAGAACACAGAGGACCUGGAGGAGGAAGAGCAGGAGGUGGAGGAGGAGGCAGAGGCAGAAGCAGAAGCAGAGGAGAAAGGUGCAGCAAAUCCCUGAGGAAAAUGAUAAAAAUAACCCCCCAGACAUAGACUCGUCCACCUUUCUGACUGUCCAUCUAUUCGGGAUUGUGCUAAACUCUCUUCCUGCGGACCCUCCCUCCUGCUCCCUUCCGUGUCCAUCCCAGCACUGUCAUCUACCU